AACCCUAACCAAUGUGUUGAGAACCCUAAGCCACGAUCGCCCUUUCUUCCUCCCCCUCUCCCCCUCUCUUUCUCGCUCGCCUCCGCUUCCUCCCUCCUCCGUCACCAACGCUCCUCGGCUCUUCCGCAGCUCCGCUCCGGCGCUCGUUCCUCGUCUGCUGGUUCGCAUCUCCGCUCCUCCCCUGCCGGAAGCUCCGAAACUCUGCCCCUCCCCUCGGUCCCAUCUUCCUCCACAGAGGUCCAGUUCUAAGCAUUAUGGGAAGCAAAGGACGUAUGCCUUCUCAACCUCGGCGGCCAUUUCCGGGUCCUGGUGUGCUGCAUCCAGACCCAUUUGGUCCUGGGAUCCGCCCGCCGCCUGGGCCCUUUGCAUUUGAUUUGUUGCCUCCCCCUGAAAUUAUGGAGCAGAAGCUUGCUGCGCAGCAUAUGGAGAUGCAAACUCUCGCAACCGAAAACCAAAGGCUCGCAGCUACCCAUUCAUCGCUAAGACAGGAAUUAGCUGCUGCUCAGCAGGAAUUACAGAGAUUGCACGCUCACAUGGAUGCUGUAAAAGCUGAGCAAGAGCAACAGAUGAGGGCUCUAAUGGAUAAGAUGGCGAAGAUGGAAGCCGACCUAAAAUCUUCCGAACCUGUUAAAGUUGAGUUGCAACAAGCCCAUGCAGAAGCCCAAAGGUUAGUUGUCACCAGACAGGAGCUAAUGUCGAAAGUGCAACAGCUGAAUCAGGAUCUGCAGAGGACCCAUGGUGAUGUUCAGCAAAUCCCGGCUUUGAUGACCGAAUUGGAUGCACUUAGACAGGAGUACCAACAUUGCAGAGCUACAUAUGACUAUGAGAGGAAAAUUCGGGUUGACCAUUUUGAAUCACUUCAAGUAAUGGAAAAGAAUUACAUUUCAAUGGUGAGAGAGGUGGAGAAGCUACGUGCUGAGCUGACAAAUGCUACUAAGCUGGAUAGAAGUGGCACCAAUGCUUUUGGUGGUGGGCCAUAUGGCUCCAAUGCUGCAAUGAAGGAGAAUGAGUCAUCUACCCAUCAUUCUGUUGGACAAAAUGCUUAUGAAGAUGGCUACGGAGUUCCACAGGCACACGGGCCUUCGGGUGCUGCUGCAUAUGGUGGAAACCCGGCCGUAACUGCAGCACCAGCCAGGCCUGGAUACGAUGCCUCCCGUGCUGGCGGCUAUGAUGCUGCCAGGUCUGGAAGCUUCGAGGCCCCCAGAGGCAUGGGCGGCUACGAGUUUGAGGCCUCUAAAGCUUCUGCCUAUGAUGCUUCGCGAGGAGCUCAGGGGCCCGGAAACAAUGCUUCUUCCCAUCAUGGGUCGAUCGCACAAGCACCAUCUCCUUACGGAGCAACACAGGCACUGGCGGCCCCCUAUGGUCCUGCUCAGGGACCCCUGGCGGCGGCACACUAUGGGUUGGCCCAGCUUGGUGGCCCAGCGGUGGCACAAUAUGGGUCGGCACAGCUUGGUGGGCCUGCCCAGGGCCAGGCAGCUGCAUCACCUUAUGGAUCGGCACAACUCGGUGGGCCGGCUCAGGGCCCAGCGGCAGCGGCAUUGCAUUAUGGGUCCGCACAGCCUGGUGGACUGGGUCAGGGCCCUGCGGGUGCACCACAUUAUGGAUCUGCACAGCCUAGUGGGCCAGCUCAAGGCACGGUUGGCGCCAAGUAUGGUUCUGCACAUGCUGCUCCGAGCUAUGGAUCGGGGCAGACCCCGACUCGGUCAGGAGCUGCGUAUGAAGCUCCUCGUGGCAAUGCUGGACGGAGAUAAAAGAUUCUUGUAAGAUCCAGUCAGGUGUUCCCGAUUGACGCACGAAGUCAAGUGAAGCUCGAACGAACGCUAUGGGGUUUUGCUUGUUUUCGGAGCCCCUCCUGAGGGUAUGAUGUAUGCUUCUCUAAUCAUCAUCCUGAAGUCUUUUGCUUGUUUUGUAACAACCUAACGGCGAGAAUGAUUGGGGGUAGGGAGCAGCAUGAGUUUCAUUUAUCAUUUUGUAAUUCAAUGUUAAUAUUCCUCUACCUAUCAGUUUCUGAACUGUUUGCUGUUUGCUCUAGUGUAGCUUUUGGGUUGCAGUCAGCCUGUUUAAUUCGUCCGUCGUGGUGGUGACUUAUUUUCCACUCAGGGUGAACUAAAAAAAUUCUGCUGAAAAUUAUUUUUUCCGUGUUCUUUGUUUA